UCGUUAAUCAAAUCCAAAAAUCGAGGCCAAAUCAAAAGCCAAACUAAUCAGUUUUCAAAUUCAGAACAAAUGCAACCAAAAUCACAAAAUUGUCCAAAGCGAAACACCCCACACAAGUUGAGUAAAAUGUGUGCUACCGAUAUGCCAGACUAACAAAAACAAUAACCACAAAAUAUCCAAAACAACUUAUUGUGCGAAAAUAUUAAACAAUAUCGAACGAGACAUUAAAUAUUGUGCGAAAACUACACGAAUAUACGAUAAAGAUAUUAAUCGACGAUUAAUCGGCGAUAACUGCGAUAACCGAUAACCGAUAACCAUGGAUUCGCUGGAGCGCUUGAUGCGCGCCGCCCCGCUACCCCGCAUGCUAACCACCGCCGCCGUCAGCGUGGGCGGGGCAGCGUUGCAGGUGGGCGGCGGUGGUGCGGCAGCUGGUGGGGGCGCCGCCGGUGCACAACAGAGGGCGCUGGUGCAUGCCUCGCUGGCGGCGGCCACCGUCGGGCGCAAAGGACGCCACCUGACGGGCACUUUCUGCCUCACCGGCGACACCAUGGAGGGCAUCAUACAGUGUUUGGUAUUCCUCAAAGCAUUCUCGCUGGUCGGCGGUGAGUUCGAUAUGGAAUUGAAUUUUGUGAUACAGGAUGCGCAGAAUAUCAAACAUAUGCUGGAGCUUCUGGAUCAUUGUCCGCCCAAUCUGCAGGCGGAGAUCUGGAGCGUGUUCAUUGCCAUCCUGCGCAAAAGCGUUCGCAACCUGCAGGCCUGCACAGAUGUCGGCCUCAUCGAGCAUGUCCUUGUGCGCCUGCAGCGCUCGGAAACGGUUGUGGCAGAUCUCCUCAUCGAAAUGCUGGGUGUCCUGGCCAGCUACAGCAUAACGGUAAAGGAGCUCAAGCUGCUCUUCGGCACAAUGAAGGCCACCAACGGCAAGUGGCCCCGCCACUCGGCCAAGCUCCUGAACGUCCUCCGCCAGAUGCCGCACCGCAACGGCCCGGAUGUGUUCUUCAGCUUUCCAGGUCGCAAAGGAUCGGCCAUGGUCCUGCCUCCGCUGGCGAAGUGGCCUUACGAGAACGGAUUCACCUUCACCACCUGGUUUCGGCUGGAUCCCAUCAACUCGGUGAACAUUGAGCGGGAAAAGCCCUACCUCUACUGCUUCAAGACGUCGAAGGGCGUGGGCUACACGGCGCAUUUUGUGGGCAACUGCCUCGUCCUCACCUCCAUGAAGGUGAAGGGCAAGGGCUUUCAGCAUUGUGUCAAAUACGAAUUCCAGCCACGAAAGUGGUACAUGAUUGCCAUAGUGUACAUAUACAAUCGUUGGACGAAAAGCGAAAUCAAGUGCCUCGUUAAUGGACAGCUGGCCUCUUCCACGGAGAUGGCCUGGUUUGUCUCCACAAACGAUCCCUUUGACAAGUGCUACAUUGGAGCCACGCCGGAGCUGGACGAGGAGCGGGUCUUCUGCGGGCAAAUGUCGGCGAUCUACCUGUUCAGCGAGGCUCUCACCACGCAACAGAUAUGCGCCAUGCACCGCCUGGGGCCGGGCUACAAGUCGCAGUUCCGAUUCGACAACGAGUGCUAUCUGAACCUGCCGGACAACCACAAGCGGGUGAGUCACUUUCAACUGUUGGGCUCCGCGGCCCUGACCUCGGCGUCGGGCGGCGGGAGCGGCACGGGCGGCGGCACUGCGAGCGGCGAGGCGGCAGCAGCUGCGGCGGCGGCGGCGGGCCAGCAGCAGCAGCACCAGCUGCAGUUGCAGUUCCAGACGCUGGCCGCCGAGCAGGAGGCGCGCGCCAUCGACUGGUCGGACGAGAAGCUGGACCUGAGCGCGGCGUUUGUCAAAAUUCGAGCUGUCCUGACCGCCAGGAAUGCGGUGACCCUGGCCAGCUUGCCGGGCAUGAGUCAGGUGGCCAGUACAGCCACCCCAGCAGCCGCUGCAACGGCUGCAACAUCGGCUGCAGCAUCAGCGGGGGCGGCAGCAACACCUGCCACAGCUACCGCCACGGAUCCGGGCGACACCACCACAGACGAUCCUUUGGGCCAUUUGCCGACUGGAAAUGCUUCUUUUGAGCAACUGCGUCGCCUGAGCAGCGCCAGCAACCUGAGUUCUCUGAUUGCGAGCGACACUGAGGAAGUCAACCAGCUGAAAGCUGUCCUGUACGACGGCAAGCUAUCGAAUGCCAUAGUCUUCAUGUACAAUCCGGUGGCCACCGACGGUCAAUUGUGUCUGCAAUCGUCGCCCAAGGGGAACGUUUCCUAUUUCGUUCACACGCCGCAUGCCCUCAUGCUGCAGGACGUUAAGGCCGUGGUCACGCACUCGAUACACUGCACCCUGAACUCGAUUGGCGGCAUCCAGGUGCUCUUCCCGCUCUUCUCGCAGCUGGACAUGGCCCACGAAGGACUCGGCGACAUCAAGCGGGAUCCAACCUUGUGCUCCAAGCUCUUGGGCUUCAUUUGCGAGUUGGUGGAGACCUCCCAGACCGUGCAGCAGCACAUGAUCCAGAACCGAGGCUUUCUGGUCAUCUCGUUCAUGCUGCAGCGCUCCUCGCGCGAGCACCUGACCCUGGAGGUGUUGGGCUCCUUCCUGAACCUCACCAAGUAUCUCGUCACCUGCCUGUCGGCCAACAGCGAUCUGUUGCUCAAGCAGUUCUACCAGUUGUUCUGUUUCUCGUUUCUCACGUGGCAGCUGCUGGACCACGUCCUCUUCAAUCCAGCCCUGUGGAUCUACACCCCGGCCAACGUCCAGGCCAGGCUCUACUCCUACCUGGCCACCGAGUUCCUCUCCGACACCCAGAUCUACAGCAACGUGCGUCGGGUGAGCACGGUCCUCCAGACGGUGCACACCCUCAAGUACUACUACUGGGUCGUGAAUCCCCGGGCCAAGAGCGGCAUCAUUCCCAAGGGAUUGGAUGGACCGCGUCCGGCUCAAAAGGACAUUCUCGCCAUACGGGCCUACAUCCUGCUGUUCCUCAAGCAGCUCAUCAUGAUCGGCAACGGGGUCAAGGAGGACGAACUGCAGAGCAUUCUCAACUAUCUGACCACCAUGCACGAGGACGAGAACCUGCACGAUGUCCUGCAGAUGCUCAUCUCCCUGAUGUCGGAGCACCCCAGCUCCAUGGUACCUGCCUUCGAUGUGAAGCACGGCGUGCGCAGCAUCUUCAAGCUGCUGGCGGCCGAGAGCCAGCUCAUCCGGCUGCAGGCCCUCAAGCUGCUGGGAUUUUUCCUCUCGCGCAGUACCCACAAACGCAAGUACGACGUCAUGUCGCCACACAAUCUUUACACUUUACUGGCUGAGCGGUUGCUCCUUUACGAGGAGUCCUUGUCGCUGCCCACAUACAAUGUCCUUUACGAGAUCAUGACGGAGCACAUCUCGCAACAGAUCCUUUACACACGCCAUCCAGAGCCGGAGAGUCACUACCGCCUGGAGAAUCCAAUGAUCCUCAAGGUGGUGGCCACCUUGAUCCGACAGUCGAAGCAGACCGAGUCCCUCAUCGACGUGAAGAAGCUCUUCCUGCAGGACAUGACGCUGCUGUGCAACAGCAACCGCGAGAACCGGCGCACCGUCCUCCAGAUGUCCGUGUGGCAGGAGUGGCUCAUCGCCAUGGCCUACAUCCACCCGAAGAGCAGCGAGGAGCAGAAGAUCAGCGACAUGGUCUACUCCCUGUUCCGCAUGCUGCUCCACCACGCCAUCAAGCACGAGUACGGCGGCUGGCGGGUGUGGGUCGACACCCUCGCCAUCGUCCACUCGAAGGUCUCCUACGAGGAGUUCAAGCUCCAGUUCGCCCAGAUGUACGAGCACUACGAGCGCCAGCGCACCGACAACAUCACGGAUCCGGCCCUGAGGCAGGCCCGGCCCAUCAGCACAAUCAGCGGCUGGGAGCGGGAGGAGCUCCACCAGCAGCAGAACGGCGCCGGAGGAGCUGCUCCUCCCCAGGCGGUGGCAGGAGCCCCCAACUCCGCCGUCGCUGCUGUCAAGGGUGCUGUGUCGAUUGCCUCGCUGGAGGACGUGCCGCCAGUGGUCGAGGAGGAGGUGGAGGAGCUGGAGCUGGAGGAGGUGGACGUGGUGCCGGAGGCCCAGCCGCCGGCCGGCGAAGAUGCCGCCACCAAGUCCGUGAUAGCCAACAUCUCCGAUGUCUACAACGAGCACAUCAAGACGGACCAGCAGGAGGUCUGCAACGGCAACGUGGAGUCGCCCAAGAAGAGCACAGAAGAGGGCUCCUCAGAGGAUACGGAGAAGGAGCAGCCGAAGGCUGUCGAGCUGGAGAAGGCGGAGCAGUCCUCGCUGGGCGCUCUGAGGGAGACCCUGCAGCUGGGCGACGAUAUGGACGUGGAGGAGCUGGAACUGGCCACCGCCAAGGACGCCCUCAACGCCGAGCAGCAUGUAGCCAGUGUACUGAAGUCCUCGGAAGCGGCCCUCAACGACUGCAAGCUGGCCGUCGACGAUGUCCUGCAGGAGGCCUCCUCCGUCCUCAAGGAUGAGGAGAUCGAACUGGCCGUCAACGAGGUCGUCCAGGGAGUCCUCAACAACGAGAAGAAGUCCCAGGAGAAGGAGCCCCAGGCCCAGCAGGAGGACGUCAAUGUCAGCCUCCUGAACAGCAAGAAUCUGCUCAACAACAACAACAACAAUAAUAACAACAACAGUCCGAGCCUCACCACACCGGAAACGGAAACGGCAACGGAGACAGGCACAGGCACAGGAGCGGCGACUGAAGCGGCACCGGAACUGGAAGUGAACGCCAACGAGAUCAUGAGCCCAGUGCCAAAGGAUCAAGAAGGCGAAACCAAAACGGAAGCGGAAGCCGAAACCAAAACGGAAGCGGAAGCGGAAACGGCGGCCCUGGCCAAGCCAAGUCCUGCCACGACAAAUCCAAACACUCCUCCCGAAGCAUCCAAUCAAAAGACUGAAGAAGCAGCCAACAAGCUGAACAACAACGAGAAGCUGGCCGAGAUCGGUGCCGGCUCUACCCCAGAGACAGAGACAGGAAAAGAGUCGGACGUGGAAACGAAGCCGGAAACGCCCGCGGAAGUGUUGGCAAAGCCGGAAGAGAAGUCAGAGGCAGUGGCCGAGCCCACAGCUGAGGAUCUGGUGGAACUGGCCGUCCGGGAUAUCGUAGAGCAACUAAUCGACAAGGUGAUCGAUGCCACGGAAGCGGAAACGGCAGCGGAGACCCCAGAGGCCCAACCGGAAGCGGAAACGGAAGGACAAAGUCCGCCGCCCACAAAAACGGAAACCAACAAUAACGAGCUGCCCAAAGUGGAGGCCAAGCCGGAGGAGGAGUCGCCCGAGCAGGUGGCCGAGGAAAUUGUCCAGGAGGUGGUCGAGGCUGCUCUGGAAGGAUUGGCCGAGGAAGUGUCCAAGCCAGAGGAAGCAGCUGCCAAGACUCCGGAGGAGUCAGCCUCUCCAGCCGAACAGGAGCCUGUCAAGGAUCUACUCCUGGAGGAAGAAAUAAAACCGGAGGUAGCCCCAGAAGCUCCAGCUACCAAGGAGCAAGUGGCGGAGAUAGUCAACGAUGUCCUGGACACGCUGGUGGACGAAACUGUCAAGGCCGUCGCCUCGGAGCAGACAACCCAGACCUCGCCGGCCCCCAAGGAGCAGUCGAUUCCCGGCCAGGGCAAGCCCAAGGAGACGGCUACCUCGCCGGCCCAUCCGCGCCCCAAGCCCACUGAAGUGGACUCCACCACCCAGACCACGCCAAAGAACGAGGCCGGACAGCCUAUCAUCCAGGAGGCGGAGCAGCAGCAGCAGCUUCAGUUCCAGGAGGAGGACGCCGACGUUGAUGGUGAUACCGACGCCCAGACAGCGGGCACUGCGGAGGACGAGGAGUACGCCACUCAGCAGGUUGUCCCCGGCGGAGAAGGCAACCCCAUGGAUGCCAGUCAUUAUGGUCCUGGGAAUCCAGCCAACAAUGAGCCGAAACAGCAGCAGCAGCAGCGCUCCAAGUCCGGCUCCACGAGGCCCAUGUUCAGUCCCGGGCCGACACGCCCGCCCUUCCGGAUACCGGAGUUCAAGUGGUCCUACAUCCAUCAGCGCCUCCUCAGCGAUGUCCUGUUCUCCCUGGAGACGGACAUCCAGGUGUGGCGCAGCCACUCCACCAAGAGCGUCCUGGACUUUGUCAACUCGAGCGAGAACGCCAUCUUCGUGGUGAACACGGUGCACCUGAUCUCCCAGCUGGCGGACAACCUGAUCAUAGCCUGCGGAGGACUGCUGCCUCUCCUGGCAAGUGCCACGUCACCCAAUUCCGAGUUGGAUGUCCUGGAGCCCACACAGGGCAUGCCCCUGGAGGUGGCCGUCUCCUUCCUGCAGCGCCUCGUCAACAUGGCCGAUGUCCUGAUCUUCGCCACCUCCCUGAACUUUGGGGAGCUGGAGGCGGAGAAGAACAUGUCCAGUGGCGGGAUCCUGCGGCAGUGCCUGCGCCUCGUCUGCACCUGUGCCGUGAGGAACUGUCUGGAGUGCAAGGAGCGUACCCGCUACAACGUGGGCGCCCUCGCCCGGGAUGUGCCGGGAGCGGCCCAUCUGCAGGCCCUCAUCCGAGGAGCCCAGGCCUCGCCAAAGAACAUUGUUGAGUCAAUCACCGGUCAAUUAUCGCCCGUCAAGGAUCCCGAGAAGCUGCUCCAGGACAUGGACGUGAAUCGCCUGAGGGCUGUCAUCUACAGGGAUGUGGAGGAAACCAAGCAGGCUCAGUUCCUGUCCCUCGCCAUCGUCUACUUCAUCUCCGUGCUGAUGGUAUCCAAGUACCGAGACAUCCUGGAGCCUCCGGCCGAGCCCCAGAUCCAGCGGCAGUCCCCAGUGCUGCCCCGCACAGCAGGUACAGCCGAAGCCGCCAGUGCUCGCCCCUUGUUCCCCCAAUGGUCGCACCACGUCUAUCCGCAAUUCCUGCCCGAAUCGCAUCAGAACCAUGUGGCUGUCAGCAACAUGCAGCAGCAGCAGCACCAGCAGCAGCAACACCAGCAGCAGCAACAUUACUAUCAGCAGCAGCAACAACAGCAACAGCAGCAGUUGGCUCAUAAUCAUAGCCACCAUCACAUGACGCCUGCCUACUACCAGCAGCAACAUGCCGCUGUCAGUCAGCAGCAACUCACGGCUGGCAGCCAGCAACAUGGCAACAUUUCGCCCACUCCCCUGGCCUCGCACUCGACGAGCUCCUCGGCCAGCUCCUCGGCCACGUCCCAGCCGGCCUCGAGCUCCUCGCUCUCCAGCCUCACCUCCCAGAGCCAGCAGCAGCAGCAGUCGCACCGCCAGAUGCACAAGCAGCAGCAGCAGCAGCAACAUCAGCAGCAGCACUACCACUACGGGAUGAUCAAUGGCCAUCAGAACGGCAAGCAUUAUCCGGAGAAUGGCUCCUCGGGUGCUGGGGGCGGGGGCUACCAUCCGCACGCACAUCCGCACGCGCAUCCGCACCCACACUCGCACCCACAUCCGCAUGCCUAUCUGAGGAACGGCGAGACUCCCACUCAGCAGCAGCAGCAGCAGCAGAAUGGCCAUGGAGUCGCUGCGGACUAUGGAUUGCUGAAUGGACAUGGCAGCGGCAAUUCGGCCAAUAACAACAACGCCAGCCUGAUGAACAACAUGCGGAAUCUGAGGAACACGGUGCCGGCCACAGAAACAGGAGCAGGAGCCGGAGCCGGAGCUGGAGGAGGAACCAAUGUCCAGGCGCAGGCAGGUGCGGCAGGAACGGCGGUGAAUGCAACAAAUGCUGCUGGUGUUGGGAUGAUGAACAUGAACAUGAAUAUGAACAUGGGCAUGGGCAUGGGAAUGGGCAUGGGCAUGGGCGUUGGCAUGGGCAUGGGCGUGGCUGUGGGCGAGGGCGCCGGAGGCGUGGCCUACAAGACAAGCUCGAUAAACAAUAACUAUCGCUACAAUGGACGCAACGCAGCCCCAGGAACAGGUGGCCGUCAAAUACAGGACAGUGACUAUGAAAUAAUUGUCGUGGAUGAGAAUAAUCCCUCGGUUCUGGCCGACAACGAUUCGCAUUCCAGUGGACCGCCCUCGAUCAAGGCCAACCAGACAACAACAACAACAACAACCCAUAACAACACUAAGACUACAACUGCUGCAACAGCUACAACAACAACAACAUCAAGUACAACUACAACAACAACAACAAUUAAAAUUCAACAACAACCAUUGUCACCACCCAAGCCGUUGGUGCCACAAAAAUUGCCAAAGAGCGUCGACUCGGACGUGAACUCCCUGAACAUGAACUCCACGGAGAACGAGGUGCCCGAGGUGGAGUCCUCCAGCGAGAUCCUCAUCGACGACCACAAGCCGAGCCACUCCAACGACGAGAGCUGGACGGAUGUCAACCUGAACGAGGACGCCGCCGUCCAGGCCGCCAGCGCCGGUAUGGUGGUGGGUCUCGUGGAUCCCGUCCAUCCCGGCCAGGACAAGCACGACGUCCACAACGCCCACAACCCCCAGCAGCAGCAGCAACAGCAGCAGCAGCAGGCGGGCCUGAAUCCCCAGCUGGUCCACGGAUCGGAGCGGGGCGACAAGCCGGACUCGGAGAUAUCGGUGGUCCGGGUGCCAGACGGUUAUCCCGGCUCCGGAGUCAACUCCGGCCACAACCAGGGUGUGAGCAACCAGCGAACCCGGCCCGAAGAGCUGCCCAUGAAGGCACCCGCCCUGGUGGCUCAGCUGCCGCUUACCACACCCUCGCGGGAGGCGAGUCUCACCCAGAAACUGGAGAUCGCCCUGGGACCAGUGUGUCCGCUGCUGCGCGAGAUCAUGGUGGACUUCGCGCCCUUCCUGUCCAAGACCCUGGUGGGCUCGCACGGCCAGGAGCUGCUGAUGGAGGGCAAGGGUCUGACCACCUUCAAGAACUCGCACUCGGUGGUGGAGCUGGUGAUGCUGCUGUGCUCCCAGGAGUGGCAGAACAGCCUCCAGAAGCACGCCGGCCUGGCCUUCAUCGAGCUGAUCAACGAGGGCCGCCUGCUCUCGCACGCCAUGAAGGACCACAUCGUCCGGGUGGCCAACGAGGCGGAGUUCAUCCUGAACAGGAUGCGGGCCGACGACGUCCUCAAGCACGCCGACUUCGAGUCGCAGUGCGCCCAGACGCUGCUGGAGCGGCGCGAGGAGGAGCGCAUGUGCGACCACCUGAUUACCGCCGCCCGGCGCAGGGAUAACGUCAUCGCCAGUAGGCUGCUGGAGAAGGUGCGCAACAUCAUGUGCAACCGGCACGGCGCCUGGGGCGACUCCUCCUGCACCACGACCUCCGGCGGCGGCGCCAUCAUCGGGGCCGUUCAGAAAAGCCCCUACUGGAAGCUGGACGCCUGGGAGGACGACGCCCGCCGGCGCAAGCGGAUGGUGCAGAAUCCCCGAGGCUCCUCCCAUCCGCAGGCCACGCUGAAGGCGGCCCUGGAGAACGGAGGCCCCGAGGACGCCAUCCUGCAGACGCGGGACGAGUUCCAUACCCAGAUCGCCGUGUCGCGAUCCCAUCCCUCCGGCCAGCACAACGGUGAGCUGCUGGACGACGCCGAGCUGCUCAUCGAGGACCGGGAACUGGACCUCGACCUCACCGGACCCGUCAACAUCAGCACCAAGGCCAGGCUCAUCGCCCCGGGCCUGGUUGCCCCCGGCACCGUGUCCAUCACCAGCACGGAGAUGUUCUUUGAAGUGGACGAGGAGCACCCGGAGUUCCAGAAGAUCGACACGGAGGUGCUGAAGUACUGCGACCACCUGCACGGCAAGUGGUACUUCUCGGAGGUGCGGGCGAUAUUCUCGCGCCGGUACCUCCUCCAGAACGUGGCCCUGGAGAUCUUCCUGGCCAGCCGGACCUCCAUCCUGUUCGCCUUCCCCGACCAGCACACCGUGAAGAAGGUGAUCAAGGCGCUGCCGAGGGUGGGUGUGGGCAUCAAGUACGGCAUUCCGCAGACCCGGAGGGCGUCCAUGAUGUCGCCGCGCCAGCUGAUGCGCAACUCGAACAUGACCCAGAAGUGGCAGCGGCGGGAGAUCAGCAACUUUGAGUAUCUCAUGUUCCUCAACACGAUCGCCGGCCGGACGUACAACGACCUCAACCAGUACCCGAUCUUCCCCUGGGUGCUGACCAACUACGAGUCCAAGGACCUCGACCUCAGCCUGCCCUCCAACUACCGGGACUUGUCGAAGCCCAUUGGAGCAUUGAAUCCCUCGAGGCGGGCCUACUUCGAGGAGCGGUACGAGAGCUGGGACAGCGACACGAUCCCGCCCUUCCACUACGGCACCCACUACUCCACGGCGGCCUUCACCUUGAACUGGCUGGUGCGGGUGGAGCCGUUCACCACCAUGUUCCUGGCCCUCCAGGGCGGCAAGUUCGACUAUCCCGACCGGCUCUUCAGCUCGGUGUCCUUGUCCUGGAAGAACUGCCAGCGGGACACGUCGGAUGUGAAGGAGCUGAUCCCGGAGUGGUACUUCCUGCCCGAGAUGUUCUACAACUCGUCCGGCUACCGGCUGGGCCAUCGCGAGGACGGCGCCCUGGUGGACGACAUCGAGCUGCCGCCUUGGGCGAAGAGCCCCGAGGAGUUCGUCCGCAUCAACCGGAUGGCGCUGGAGUCGGAGUUCGUGUCCUGCCAGCUGCACCAAUGGAUCGACCUGAUCUUCGGCUACAAGCAGCGCGGACCGGAGGCCAUUCGGGCCACCAAUGUGUUCUACUACCUCACCUACGAGGGCAGCGUCGAUCUGGACGGUGUCCUGGAUCCGGUGAUGCGCGAAGCGGUCGAGAAUCAGAUCCGCAACUUUGGCCAGACGCCCAGCCAGCUCCUGAUGGAGCCGCAUCCGCCGCGCAGCUCCGCCAUGCACCUCUCGCCGAUGAUGUUCAGCGCCAUGCCGGAGGACCUCUGCCAGAUGCUCAAGUUCUACCAGAACUCCCCGGUCAUCCACAUCUCGGCGAACACCUAUCCGCAGCUGUCGCUGCCCUCGGUGGUGACGGUGACGGCAGGCCACCAGUUCGCCGUGAAUCGAUGGAACUGCAACUACACCGCCUCCGUCCAGAGCCCCAGCUACGCGGAGUCGCCCCAGUCCCCGGGCUCCAAUCAGCCGCUAACCAUUGAUCCGGUUUUGGCUGUCCAUGGCACUAAUAACAACAGCAAUGCCGUCAGCCGCCGGCACUUGGGUGAUAACUUCAGCCAAAUGCUGAAGAUCCGUUCCAACUGCUUCGUGACCACCGUGGACUCGCGGUUCUUGAUCGCCUGCGGCUUCUGGGACAACAGUUUCCGGGUCUUUGCCACCGAAACAGCCAAAAUCGUCCAGAUCGUGUUCGGGCACUUUGGGGUGGUGACCUGCAUGGCCAGGUCGGAGUGCAACAUCACCUCCGACUGUUACAUAGCCUCCGGAUCGGCGGAUUGCACGGUCCUCCUGUGGCACUGGAACGCCCGCACCCAGAGCAUCGUGGGCGAGGGGGAUGUGCCCACUCCGAGGGCCACCCUCACGGGUCACGAGCAGGCAGUGACCUCGGUGGUGAUCAGCGCGGAACUGGGUCUGGUGGUCUCCGGAUCGUCAAAUGGACCUGUGCUGAUUCACACCACGUUCGGUGACCUGCUGCGCUCGCUGGAUCCCCCGGCGGAGUUCCAUUCCCCGGAACUGAUCACCAUGUCCCGCGAGGGCUUCAUAGUCAUCAACUAUGACAAGGGCAACGUGGCGGCCUACACCAUAAAUGGCAAGAAGCUGCGCCACGAAACGCACAACGACAAUCUGCAGUGCAUGCUGCUGUCACGCGAUGGCGAAUACCUGAUGACCGCCGGAGACCGCGGCAUUGUGGAGGUGUGGCGCACCUUCAACCUCGCACCACUCUAUGCCUUCCCCGCCUGCAAUGCGGGAAUCCGCUCCCUGGCCCUCACCCACGACCAGAAAUACCUGCUGGCUGGACUCUCGACUGGAUCGAUCAUAGUAUUUCACAUUGACUUCAACCGCUGGCACCACGAAUACCAGCAGCGCUACUAAAAGCAGACAGCCAGGACAUUCCAAGGCAGGCCAGGACGACCGAAAACUGGCCGCUGAGAUGUACUUAAAGCAAAAUGGCGGCGACUAUGCAGCAAACGGAGGUUUUUUCUAUAUAGACCUUUACAACUCUAGGCUAGUAAGCGGAACUACGUUUUUUUUUUUUGUGUCUAGUAAUAAUUGUGCAUUAGUGUGUUGGUCUGACAGCCAGUUUAAACAAAGUAAAACCUAAAAAGCUAUAGAAAAGCAAAAAAAAAAAAAACAAAAACGAUAAAGUCAUAAUUUUUUUUACUAGUAUUACGAAAAAUGUAUGUUAAGUUAUGGCAAUGGAAAGUUAUAGACCGGAAGUGGAGAGUGCGAGAGUGGAGAGUAGAAGGCGGCAAGAUGGCGGCUUAAGCAAGUAGUUGAAAAUAAGACAAAUGAAGUUAGUGUUUAUAAAACGCAAUAAGCAGUUAAUAAAUAUGAACUAAUUCCACAUGCAUUAUAA